CCGAAGGCUUUUGGGUGGCAUCGCCCUUUUCUCUUCAUUAACCCGCUGGCGAGCCGAGCCAGGGGAGGAUGAGGUCGUCCUGUGUCCUGCUCACGGCCGUGGUGGCGCUGGCCGCCUAUUACGUCUACAUCCCGCUGCCCAGCUCCGUGUCCGAUCCCUGGAAGCUGAUGCUGCUGGACGCGAUUUUCCGGGGCACACAGCAAGUGAGUAACCUGAUACACUACCUGGGACUCAGCCAUCAUCUGCUUGCGCUGAACUUCGUGAUCAUUUCUUUCGGCAAAAAAAGUGCAUGGACGUCUGCCCAAGUGAAGGUGACUGACACUGACUUUGAUGGUGUGGAAGUCAGAGUGUUUGAAGGCUCUCCAAAGCCAGAAGAGCCGCUGAGACGCAGCGUUGUUUAUAUCCACGGAGGAGGCUGGGCCUUGGCAAGUGCAAGACUCAGGUAUUACGAUGAGCUGUGUGCAGCAAUGGCUGAGGAACUGCAUGCUGUCGUUGUCUCCAUUGAUUACAGGCUAGUUCCAAAUGUUUAUUUUCCUGAGCAAAUUCAUGAUGUUGUACGCGCCACAAAGUAUUUCCUGCAGCCAGAAGUCUUACAGAAGUAUAUGGUUGACCCAGGCAGAAUUGCCAUUUCUGGUGACAGUGCUGGUGGGAAUUUGGCUGCUGUCCUUGGACAACAGUUUAAUCAAGAUGCUGACCUAAAAAAUAAGCUCAAACUGCAGGCUUUAAUUUAUCCAGUUCUUCAAGCUUUAGAUUUUAACACACCCUCUUACCAACAAAAUGUGAAUGCCCCAGUCCUGCCCCGCUAUGUCAUGGUAAAGUAUUGGGUGGACUACUUCAAAGGCAACUAUGACUUUGUGCAGGCAAUGAUAGUUAACAAUCACACUUCACUUGAUGUGAAAGAGGCUGCUGCCCUCAGGGCCCGUCUAAACUGGACGGCCCUCUUGCCUGCAUCCAUCACCGAGAACUACAAGCCUGUUGUGCAGACCACAGGCAAUGCCAGGAUCAUCCAGGAGAUCCCUCAGUUGCUGGAUGUCCGUUCUUCCCCACUCAUCGCAGACCAGAAAGUGCUACAGCACCUCCCAAAGACCUAUAUUCUGACGUGUGAGCAUGAUGUCCUAAGAGAUGAUGGGAUCAUGUAUGCCAAGCGUUUGGAGAGUGCAGGUGUGGAGGUGACCCUCGAUCACUUUGAGGAUGGCUUCCAUGGAUGCAUGAUUUUCACCAGCUGGCCCACCAACUUCUCAGUGGGAAUCCGGACUAGGAAUAGUUACAUCAAGUGGCUGGAUCAAAACCUUUAAAGGAGUAAAACUUCUAGAAGUCUCAAACCCCUCCUGACCUCCUGCACCUGCUUUGGAAAGACAAGCACUUUUUAGUUGACUAAUUUCCCCCAGUUACUUGUGAGGUGUGGAAUGUCUAUUUCCUUCAGACUUUAUGGUAAUUUAAUUUUUUUUUAAAUGAAUUUGACUAACUUGAGUGCAAAAACAUCUUAAUUUGAUUCCCAAAGUGGGCUGGUCUCUCUGUUUUUAUUAUUUUAGCCAACUACUAAUACCCACAGCUGUAGAAAGCAGGACUAGGAGCUGGAAAUCACCUUGGGUCCUGCCUUAAUCCAGAUGUUCUUUUCAUAAGAAAUUCUUCCAGUUGUGGAUGAUAUAAUGACCUUUAAUGAGUUAAGAAAAUGUGGGCCCUUAUUCAGCUUGCUCAAGUUUACUUUGGGUUCAGAGCAGUGUUAAAUGUGUGCACCAUCAGGUCAGUGCUAGGGACAUAGUGCCCUCUGUUCUUUGUGGAUGGAUGGUUUUGUUUCCUAUGGGAAUUUCAGCAAAGGCUUCCUAGCAAGGACAAGUUUCUCAAAGGACUUUCUUCCUCUGGAGUGUCAAUUUUAUGGGAUGGCUAUCUAUAAGUCCAUUUGGGUUAUAAUGACACUUGCGAGUUACUUUCUACCAUUAUUAUUAGAAAAUAUGAGGUUGCAUGCACUGGCUGUCUGUACAUCAGUAUGUUUUUGUUGUUUUUUGGUUAUUCCAUCUCCUUGGGGAAAUCCUUUGGGAAUGAAUUUAUUUAGAUUUAGAAUAAAUUUUCCAUUACAGAACAAGUAAAAAUAGACAAAUGAAACAUCCUAUUGUUUCAUAAAAAUACUUCUGAUGUAAAUUACCAAGAGCAGUGUGUAUAUAUUUGGCAUAGUCAGAAAAUACAUUUAAUAUAAGUUUAAAAUUAUGAAAAAUACCUUUAGCAGGUCAACUUUUUUUACUUCUAUGGAUUUUAAA